CAGCUCCACUCAGCUCACCUGCAGACAGCAGGUGCGGUCGAGAGCGCGAGAUGGAGGCGGCCAUUCCUCUGCUGACGCCGUACAAGAUGGGCGACUUCGAGCUGUCGCACCGGGUGGUGAUGGCGCCCCUGACGCGGCAGCGCUCCUACGGCAACGUGCCGCAGCCGCACGCCGCCGUCUACUACUCGCAGCGCGCCACCAAGGGCGGCUUCCUGAUCACCGAGGCCACGGGCGUCUCCGACACGGCGCAGGGCUACGCCGACACCCCGGGCAUCUGGACGGCCGAGCAGGUGGGCGCGUGGCGGCCCAUCGUCGACGCCGUCCACGCCAAGGGCGCCGUCUUCUUCUGCCAGCUCUGGCACGUCGGCCGCGUCUCCACCACCGCGUUCCAGCCCGGCGGCGCGGCGCCCAUCUCCAGCACCGACCGCGCGGUGCCGCCCCAGCGGAGCUUCGACGGCCACAUGGAGGAGUUCUCCGCGCCGCGGCGGCUGGAGGCGCGCGAGAUCCCCGCCAUGGUGGACGACUUCCGCCGCGCCGCGCGGAACGCGCUCGACGCCGGGUUCGACGGCGUCGAGAUCCACGGCGCCAACGGGUACAUCAUCGAGCAGUUCCUCAAGGACAGCGCCAACGACCGCGCCGACGAGUACGGCGGCACGCUCGAGCGGCGCUGCCGCUUCGCGCUCGAGGUCGUGGAGGCCGUCGCCGGCGAGGUCGGCGCGCGCCGCGUCGGGGUCCGCCUCUCGCCCUUCACGGACUACAUGGACUGCCACGACUCCGACCCGGAGGCCCUGGCGGGGUACCUCGUCGGCAAGCUCAGCGCCAUCGGCGUGCUCUACUGCCACAUGAUCGAGCCGCGGAUGGCGCUGGUGGACGGGCGGCGGCAGAUCCCGCACCGGCUGCUGCCGUACAGGAAGGCGUUCCGGGGCACCUUCAUCGCCGCCGGCGGGUACGACAGGGCGGAGGGGAUCAAGGUGGUGGAAGAGGGGUACACGGACCUGGUGUCCUUCGGCCGGCUGUUCCUGGCGAACCCGGACCUGCCCAGGAGGUUCGAGAUCCCCGACGCGCCGCUCAACAAGUACGACCGCGCCACCUUCUACACCUCCGACUCCGUCGUCGGCUACACCGACUACCCGUUCCUCGACGACGUCGUCGUCCAGGCCGCCUGAUGGUCGUCCAUCGACCCCCACUCGUCGUCUGCAGCCUUGUGCUCUGCUGCUUUAUUGGCUCUGCACGCAUGAUAUAUAUGCUAUGUUACGAAUAGCAAAAUAAACUAAGUUUGAUCCGUAUUUUUUCCCCAAGGGAAUUGUAUCAUCAAAUUUACAUAAAGUUUGAUUCGUAUUUGUUUCCAAGGGAAUUGCAUUCUCAAA